AUGCGUAGAAUCACCCGUCGAAGAGGCGCCUGCCAGGCGUGUAGGUCAAGGAAAGUUCGAUGCGAUGGAGCAGAUCCGUGUCUGAACUGCGAUCGUAACGGCCAAGCUUGUUACUAUCCACCUUUGGCACCACGACCUCGUCGAACCAGCGCACCAGGGACGAACAAUAACAGAGCACCGCCCGAAGUCCGAAGACUCGACAUCAAUCCUAACGACAAUCUUCCACCCUACGAUGCAUGGCAACAGCUUGCAUGUGACACAACUCUUCUCACUCCCCGUUCAACCGACGACGCCAGUAACGGCGACGAGAGGGGCGAAAUUGACGGCCUCAGCUGUCUACUCCAAUUCUCUAUGCCAGAAACACAUCGAGAUUCCAGAUGCAAUGAUGAGAACAUACUGAACCUCCCUUUGCCGGGAGAGGAUGAACUCAUGGAGCUGCUUGAGACAACGCCGUCAGACUCCAACUCGGCAGGUUUCAACUUUGAGAUCCUCUCUCCCAUGCUGGACAACAACAAAUAUUCCGCCUCUCCAGCUCCACCGGUCGCGAACCCGAAGGAGCCUUAUCGUCCACCUCGACCAGAGACGGCGAGCCCUCCCGACUAUGACAUGCUCUUCAAUUUCGAUGAGGCAACCAACGGCUCACAACAACCCACAUCUGAGACCAACGAGAAGGCUUCAAGCCCAACGGACGCCACGGCACAUGUUGAUUUUGCGGCAUCUAGUCUAUACGGCCUUCCAAGUUACAUUGCUCGCAGCAGCAAAGAGCCUCACAGGACUGAGAUGAUCAAGAUUGUGAACGGGCUCAAGAGGGUGCUCUGCGGAAGUCAAGUCGUUCAGCCAAGUAAAGCUUCACUUGACCGCUCAAGGAGGUUCCCUGAUAGCGAUAUCACCAUGGCGCGAUACUGCGAUGCAUGUUUCGAAGACUGUUGUCCUAUUAGCAACUUCUUGACGAGACAAACAGUGGAUCAAGUCAUCAAAGAUUCCCGCGAAUCGGAUGCAAACUCGCUGUCCGUGGCAUUUGCAGAAGCAAUCAUGUCUAUUGGGUACUACACCACAUGCCAGCGCAGCCGAACAUCGCCAACAUCUGAGGAAACACGCGAAGCCCAGAAACGGCUUGCCUCUGCCCUCGGACUCUACAAGACGAUUGGUAGCUACCCAAACAGCCUUUUGAAACUUCAGACUACUCUUCUUAUGGCCGUCAUAGCAUGUAUGUGCGACGAGUCUCUGGUAUGGGACCAGAUCACCGGGGCAGUAUGCUGCGCAAGAGAUCUUCGUUUGGUGCACACGGCUAGGGGUCAACAGCCAAACAUGAGUGAGCAAGAUCAAGAGUUGGCACAAAGAAGCGUAUGGUUUCUCUACAGCCUUGAGACCGAGUACGCGAUUCACCACGGCAUGCUUCCUAUCUUGGACCUCGGCUGGGGCAGCCAGUUCCCGUCGUUCGACCGGGGCGAUGACAUGAUCGCAGCGUCCUACACCUUUUCUGAGUUGUUGCAUUCGGUACUGAAGUUUCAGUACAGCCCCCGCGCACUUCACAAGUCCACGUCAGCCUACGAUCGGCGUGAUCGGCUGCAGGCCAGUUGCCAUGUCCUCAACGAGUGGGUAACGGGAUUGCCCGCGCCUCUCAACGAGGCGCACAACGCCAAGACACUGCAGGGGAUCAAGGACGACCGGCUGUUGCGGAAAGCUUUUCGUAUCUUUUGCAUGUAUCAUCGCGCGGUCUACUUCAUUCACUGUCCCUGGAUCACACCCCUGUCGUCAGAUGACGGGGACUUAUCCAACGUCGCCGGCCAGAUGAGAGAUCGGUGUAUGGAGCGAUGUGCCGAGUCGGCCUUUGCUGUGGUGAAGCUUGCCAAUAGUGGUCUAUUUUGGGAAAAGGGGUUGGAGAGGUAUGUUAUCAAUGCCCACGGACUCCAUCCUGGCCAAGAAGCUCACUUCAACAGGGACAUUGGUUCCCCAAGCACACGAUGGGGUGACAUGGGACAUCUCCUUCUGGUCUCGCUUUGUUUCAUUGUUUACUAUCUCGUGAAUGGCGAGAAGGGAAAUCGCAAGACUGCUAUGCCUUACUUGGCUAUCUGCGGAGGACUCUUUGGUAGACUCAGCCUGGAAAGCGAUGAGGCUUCCCUGCUAGAUCAUUAUCUGGAAUUGGUUCAAGUAGUUCGAGCGAAUUAG